GACACGGCUCACGUUGUGAUUGUGACAAUCACUGACGAUACACAUCAACUGCGAAUAUCGUAUUAUGUAUAUUAUGUAUAUGAUGAGUAGCACCUAAGGGAUAAUCGAGAGAUUUUGCAUUAAAAAAGUAUUCCAACACAUAUUCUAAAACAUAUUCUACGCAAAUAUAAUUUAUUAGAAAUAAAAUGGAUAUUACAUUGGAUGAUAAACUGAAUGCACUGCAACAAAUAAGCCAGCGGAAGCUUGUAGAUAUACUGGAUGCUAUUCCAGGCACAAAGGAUCUGAUAAUAGAGCAGAAAUUGAUGAAAAUACUGGACAGUUUUGUAGGAGUGACUGUAUUAAAGCGAUACGGAGUGGACAAGAUUUAUAAAAUGGAAGAAGGAUUAAAACUAUCAAACAGCCAACGUAUAUUUUUAGUAUCUAAUGAUUUAAUUGCAUGCAAGAGGGUUCUGGAUCAAAUACAAUCCGAAAUAUCUCAUAUUACUAAGCCUCAUGUCGAAGUGUGCCAUCAUUUAUUGGUCGUGCCAUUUGUUCCAGCUGUAUUACAUAAUUUAGUUGAAGAGGAAGGUUUGGCUGAGCUAGUUACACUACAGACACUAUCUACAGAGUUUAUAAAAUUAGAUGGAAAUGUUUUAUCCUUAGAAAAUCCAUUGUUCAUUGAUCUUUACUAUCACAAAGAUACCAGUCUUCUGCGAGCAUUGGCACGCAAUUUAUGGUCAUUGCAGUUGAUACUUGGUUCACCAAAGCUUUCAUUUUUUGUUGGCAAGCAUAGCCAACAAGUGGGCAAACUGAUGGAAUCCAUGGAACAUUGGGGUUCGUCCAGCUUAGAGAACGAAGUCGGCGCUCUAAUUGUGAUGGACAGAAGUUUUGAUUUGACGACGACUCUGUUGACACCUAUAACAUAUUCGGGUUUAUUGAACGAAGUUAUAGAGGUGAAUGUUAACACAGCAGUGCUGGGAAAAUCACAAGUUAAACUGGAUCCUGAUAGAGAUCAAAUCUAUGGACAAGUAAGAGAUACACCCUGUAGUGACGUUUUCCCGAUUUUACACGGAAAGGCUAAGUCAUUAAAAUCUGAACAGGAAGCCAUACAAACGAUGAAAUUGGCCGAAAUGGAGAGGUAUGUUUCAACAAGAUUGCAAAAGACCAAAGAUAUGACGCAACAAUUGACGUUUCACAUAUCCGCGUGCCAGACUAUCAUGGAUACUUUGGGCUCCGAGUUUCAAGCCUUGCAAACGAUCGAGAAAUUGAUGCUCGACUGCAAGGACAGAAAAGAAUGUUUGAGUUAUAUAGAAAGGAAUAUAGAUGAGCAUGCGUUACGAUGUUUGCGUCUUCUAUGUCUGCUGUCCAUCACUACCGACGGUGUUACACAGAGCGAACUUCAAAAUAUCCAAAAACUACAUCUCCAUACUCACGGUUAUCAACAUAUCCCAUUAUUUUACAAAUUGCACACCGUUGGUUUAUUAAAAUAUAGAAAUGAGAAUAUUUUACAUAAAUUACCAAAUUGGAAUAGCGAGUGGAGCAGCAGUGCACAGAAAUUAAAAAUGUUACCCAAUUACUCUAAACGAUAUGAUCAGAACAGUCGUACUUGUCCUAGUUAUGUGUUCAACAAUGCUUAUAUACCCGCCAUAGCACAAAUAUUAAACAUUAUAUCGAAUCAAGAAAAGGAUCCUCGCAGCUUCGAAGACUUGAUGAAUUUAUCGGAUUGCGUCGUAAGUGGCCAACGGGGCGCGUUAUCGCCAAAGAUGGUCGUGAUUUGCGUAAUUGGAGGCAUUACAUGCGCAGAAAUAGCGGCCUGUCGACUCAUUGAGAAAUCUACGGGGAUACGUCUCAUCCUUACGUCUGAUACUAUUUUAACGGGUAAUAAACUGAUCCAGAGAAUACAAGAAAUAUGAAAACUCUUGUUACGUUCAUCAGGAAUGUAAAAAAUGUUGCAUCUAUCCUUUUGUAUAAAUGGAUAAGAGAUUACAAGAGUAUUUUAUAUAUAUAAACAACGAAAAGAGUAAACGCGAAUGAAUGAGCUUGCAAUGUAUCAACACGAAUUGUGUAUAUAAUUCUUAUCGAUAUAUUAUUUAUAUAUGAGUGCUUAAACGUUACAAUGAUUACGUUUAAACGCUCGAAUAAAUGUCAAAAUUUAAUAUUA